AUGUCUUUCCUUGGCCGCGGCUCGCAACCUUCUGCUGGUGGUGUCAACCAGGAGCGUGUAGAUAUGGCUACCCAGGAGCUCGACAUGAUUACAGACAUUUUUAACCGUCUCGUCACGUCAUGUCACGCGAAGUGCAUCAGCCCACGGUACGCGGAGGGAGACCUCAACAAGGGCGAGAGCGUUUGCAUCGACCGUUGCGUGUCGAAGUUCUUCGAGGUGAACAAGAAGGUCGGGGAGAAGAUGCAGAACGUCGGCGCGGCAGCCGGA